AUGGUACAACCCAGGCUCUCACAGUGUAUCAAAUUGGCACUCAACCACUCCAGAAACGGGCGCAGGAACUUUUCAUCUGGCCUUGAUACACCUCUCCCACCCUCCGUUGCACGCCUACUCGCUACCGGGCCCCCGGAUCCUAGCAAUGUCGUUGUAAAUGGGUUUAUCAGGUCCCUGCGGUCUCAGAAACAGAGGGCUUUUGCUUCCAUUGGCGAUGGCUCAAGUCUGGAGCCCCUGCAAGCCCUCCUUACGCCAGCACAAGCCAAAAGUCUCUCCACCGGAACAGCAGUCCGGCUGACCGGGUCGUGGCAGCCUUCCCCGAAUCCAAAGGCGCAAAGCCACGAACUUCAUGUAGUGGGGGUAGACAUUCUCGGAGCCUCUGAUCCAUCCACAUUUCCAUUACAAAAGAAAUAUCACACCCCCGAGUACCUGCGUACCAUGCCACACAUGCGGACCCGCAUACCCUUCAACACUACCUUGCUUCGACUACGAUCCGAGUGCAUAGCACAUAUCACUACAUAUUUCAGUCACAGAGACUUCAUACAGACCCACACUCCGAUGAUCACCUCGUCAGACUGUGAGGGGGCAGGCGAAGUGUUCAAUGUAGGAAGUUCGUAUACAGGCUCGGUGGGGGACAAGGACAAUGGAACCUUUUUCAAGUCACCCAAGUACCUCACCGUCUCCAGUCAGUUGCAUCUGGAAGCUUUGGCACAGUCUGUAGGCAAAGUAUGGACGCUUUCGCCUACCUUUCGGGCCGAGAAGAGUGAUACUGCGCGCCAUUUGAGUGAAUUCUACAUGCUAGAAGCCGAAAUGAGCUUCAUAGAGGACAUGAAUCGCGUGAUGGAUGUGAUUGAGGACAUGAUCAAGUACAUGACCUACAAGCUCAUGCUGUCACCGCUGUUAGGGGAAAUAGAAUCUCACAGAGCUUCUAGUGGGCCACACGAUGAGAAAGGGCGCGGUUCGAUGAUUCACAACCGAUGGGAAAGUAUUAUAUCUGGUCCUUGGCCUCGAAUCACUUAUACCGAAGCCAUAAAGUAUCUUCAAGCUAGGCCUUCGGAUGUACAACCAUUCGAGCAUGCUCCAACCUGGGGCCUGGGGUUGCAAGCCGAACAUGAAAGAUAUCUAGCUGAGACAGUAGGUCAAGGCUCACCAGUAUUCGUGACCAAGUACCCAAAGUCAAUCAAGCCGUUUUAUAUGCUUUCAUCUCCUACGAAUGAGCAAGCCAGCCCUGGCCAAGAAACUGUUGAUUGUUUUGAUCUCUUGUUGCCCGAGGUCUGCGAAGUCGUUGGUGGUUCGAUGCGUGAGCAUCGGCUGGAGCCUCUACUUCAUUCCAUGCAGGAGAAGGGUAUGCUCCCUCCUGGGCCGGUAUCGUCAAUUACAGAUGAGCAACUUGGUGAACUGAAGUGGUACGUAGACCUAAGACGGUGGGGUAGUGUGCCGCAUGGCGGAUUCGGUCUAGGAUUUGAUCGACUGUUGGGGUAUCUGUCAGGUGUGCAGAAUAUCAGGGAAAUAGUGACAUUUCCCAGAUGGGUUGGACGCUGCGACUGUUAG